UGUCGGCUGUCAACAUUUGCUAGUGUUGUGAAAGAAUAAGUUGAUUUGAGACCUGAAUACAGUGUUUUGGUAGUUGUAGUGCAUUUUGAAUGUGAAAUGAACUGCUUUGCCAAGCUGAAAGUUGGUUAGGAGAACUGUGUGAAGAGUUUUGCAAAAGUGACCUAAGUAUUGAGAAAUGUGUCCUAGCGUCUGUAAAAAACUGUAAUGCAAUAAUUAAUAAUAAUUAAUUAAUAUUUCUGUUUGCACUCUCACUGCAGGGAUGGACUCUGGAGUACAGCAUUACUUCAAUAAGAUGAAAAUAACACACUCCUCUAUGAUUCAUGUAAGUUUUAAGAUGUAAUUGUGAGAGAUUACUUUCUGUUUUCUGUUGUACUGUACACUCCAUAAGUCUAAUAAAUGUUUUUUCUGACUUGCAUCUCCAUCUUAGGAUGUCAAGCCCCCUGAACGCAAAGAGAGUCUGCAUCAAAAUGGACAUGAACCUGAUUGAAAAUACAAGAUGUCAAAAGUACCUGUUGGCUGUCUACUUUUUGUUCUAUAGACCUUUUUCACACUUCCGCAUUUUUAACCGGAAGUUAGUUGAGAACGUGCAAAGACACUUCCUGUUACCGUAGUAGUAGAUAGCGGGAAAUGCAAAAAUGGCAGAGUCCAAAAACAGAAGUUUUUGUUGUGUCCCGGGUUGUUCAUGUUGUAACCAAAAACAACCAUACCUCUCAUUUCACUCAUUUCCAUCUGACCAAGCAACAAGAAAUUUGUGGAUUCAUGCUGUAAGAAGAGAAGAAGGGCCGAAUUUCUCUGUGAGGAAAGGCAACACUUACGUCUGUAGCAGACACUUUGCCAAGGAGGAUUACUUCGGUGGAACAACCAUCAGUCGCCUUAAAAGUGGUGUUGUCCCAAGCCUGUUCCCUUGGAACAAUUUUACAGCACCACUCAAAAGGGAGUCUGUAUUUGAAAGGGUGAACAAACGUCAGCUGGUCCCCUCCCAGGCGGAUGACAACAGUGCAGCUUCUAAGGCUAUUAAAAUGGAUCACGAUUAUGUGACACACCCACCCGCAGGAGCACUGGAUGAGGCCCUGGGUUACAUUGAAGAUUUGGAAGCCAGACUGAAGAGAGUAGACCUGCCAUCUCCCACCCUCUUCAGCAGAUAUUGUGCAUCAGAUGACCAAAUCAGAUUCUACACUAAAUUUCCAUCUGAGGGUUUAUUUAGAAUCUUUUGGGAGUCUAUCGCACCAUCUGCCUCUCGACUGGUGUACUGGACCAAGGCAAAGAGGAUCGGGGAUGAAGCCUGUCCUGAACCCAGCCCACCUCGCAUCAUGCCAUUAAUUGAUGAGUUUUUGAUGUACUCUUUCCGGGUUGCUGUGGGCAUGAAAGAGCAGCUAAUUGCUGACAUGUUUAAUGUGAGCAUUGCCACUGUCAGCAGGGUUACCAUCACCUGGGCUAAUUAUCUUUUUAUCGUGUUGUCCUCAGUCAAAAUCUGGAUCAAAAGGGAAAAGGUCAAAUUAAGUAUGCCACCGAAAUUCCAGAAAUACUGUCCUAAUGUCAGGGUCAUUCUGGAUUGCACAGAAAUUGCUCUGGAGAACGCCUCAUCCUUGACCUUGCAGUCAGAAACCUUUUCCAACUACAAGAACAGAACAACACUGAAAGGCCUCAUCGGAGUAGCUCCCUGUGGUUUGAUUACAUUCAUCUCACCUCUUUACACUGGCUGCAUUUCAGACAAGGAGAUCACCAAAAUUUGUGGAAUCCUUCCCAUACUGGAGCCAGGGGACGAUGUUAUGGCAGAUAAGGGCUUUCUUAUUGAAGACCUCCUUGCUGAAGUUGGAGCAAAGCUGAUCAUUCCACCUUUUAAGCAUUCAGCACAAUUCAGCAAGGAAGAAACAGCACAAACCCAAGCCAUUGCCCGCCUCAGGAUUAUAGUGGAGAGGGCGAUAGCCAGAGUGAAGUCCUUCCACAUCUGGGACUCCCCUGUACCACUUACACUGAUUGGAAGCGUGAAUCAGAUGUGGCUCAACUGUUGUGUCCUGUCCAAUUAUCAGGGACCUUUUUGUCUUGAGGAAUAA